GAUUCGUUUUUAAUCUCCGACCAAUCAGAAUCUUUUAGGAUGGUGGCCCUGGAGCCAGUACACUUAAAAGUCCUCCCAGUACUUCUUCCACAGCAGAGGCGACUUGGGCCUUUAAUAGGAAGAAAAGGGACGCAGCUGAGUGGAAAAGAUGAUGCGGGGGUAGGGUCAAGCAACAAGGCACAGACGCCAACGCCACAGCCCGGCAGAAACGACGCGAUGAACUCCAACAACUUCACAAAGGCCACGCUCCAACAGAGAAGGAUCCGCCCAUUUUCGAUCCUCCGCCAAGCGCGAGUUUCCGGAGGGACCUGAUUGUAGGGCGGACCAAACCGGAUGAAGGUCGAGCGCUUUCCGGUUCUCCCCUUGGUGGCUUCUGGUUGGGGGAAGGGGAGGGUCGCGGAGACGCGCCCAUUUUGCGCAGGCGCCGUUGGAGAGCCACGCGCGGUGCAAUGCCGGGGAGGCACGUUUCGCGGGUCCGGGCCUUGUAUAGGCGCAUCUUGCAUCUGCACCGGCUUCUGCCCUUGGAUCUCAAAGCCCUGGGAGACCAGUACGUAAAGGAGGAAUUUAGGAGACAUAAGACCGUUGGUUCUGAGGACGCCCAGCGUUUCUUGCAGGAAUGGGAGGUUUAUGCAGCAACAUUAAGGCAACAAGCUAACGAAAACAGACAAAAUUCAACUGGAGAAGCAUGCUUUGGCACCCCCCUCUCAGAAGAAAAACUUAAUGACUUCCGUGAUGAACAAAUUGGACAGUUACAGGAACUGAUGCAAGAAGCCACCAAACCCAACAAGCAAUUUAGUAUUACUGAAUCUACAAAAACAAAAUUGUAGUAAAUAUAAUAAAGUUUUAAAAAGCAUGCAAAUUUCAUAGAAAA